AAGAAUCCAUAAUUUGACUCAAUUUUGAACUGCAUUUGAUGAUAAAAUUGCCAAAACAACCCCUCACUCAUGUAAUUCAUAUAAAACUUGUUGUCAUAGAGGUUGUUUACGUGGUGCUGUGUGUUAAUGAUGAGAGACGAAGCCAUGCCUGAGUCACAUGAAGAAAACACCGCUGGGACGGCUGAGAAUAUGCAGGCUGAACUCCAUAAGAAGGGCGCUGUGCUCACCAAGGCUUGGGCCGAUCUCUUCAGCUACUUAACAAAAUAUCAAGCAGAACUGACUGUGAAAGAAAACACCAUGGAAAUAGCGGAAAAAGAAAUAGAAAUUCGGAAAAAACAGUUUGAAGAUAUGAAACCGGUGUCGCCAGAUUGUGAGGAAUUUGCCAAGCUACAAGAUGAGAUUCAUGGAAAGGAACGCCUGUUGACAAAAACACAAUCGGAGCUGACAGCUAAGGAUCAACUUUUACAACGAACUAACUCUGACUUGACCUGUAAUAUGGAAAUGUUACAACAGGCUAGGAAUGAGGUGUUGGACAAACAAAAUGAUCUUAUUCGAUACCGAGGUGAUAUUGUGCGUUUAAAAUCGCAAUUAGCGGUCCAACAGGAACAGGUUUCAAUAAAAGACAAUUUGUUGAAGAAGUUGCAGACUCAGCUAAUGAAGGAGAAUGAUGAGUUGAAAGAGCAGUCAGAGUUAGAUAGGCGAGCGCUGGAAUUGGAACGACGGGCUCAUGAAAUGACCAAGAGAAGUCUGAGGGAGAUUGAAAAAUCUGGGCGAUCCUCCGCCAAUCCUGUGAUAGAAAUUCCCGAUUCGCCACCAACCUUAGACCUCUCCGUCGAACAUGCUGAUUUCGGUCUUUCAAACAUCAUCUCGAUGACCGAAACGCCCACCGCGCCAUCAUCAUCAAUGGACCAUUCCUCUCUUCGUUUUUCACAAUCAUCCGUUCAGGACAGUGCGUUAUCUCACCUUUCGAGUAGCAUGCCGGACUUCUCAUCCCGUCUCUCCGGCAUGGCUGCGUCGUCACAAUCACGUGAGGCUUCAUGGCGGACAACCCAGCCGCAAAUCUCACCGUCCCAAUCAAAAUUUGGUGCUGUAUCACAUUCACAAUCUCGUGCUUCUCUUCUGGCACAUGACUCUAGUGCCAUGACCUCGUCUGCCAGUGAUACCUUCUUCCCUCUCAGCGUUGACGCCACUGCCGAGGAUAGCAAGGGUGCAAUUGACACCAGUGCAAUGAACAUGAUAACUGAAAGUGAUAUGGGCCCCGUGCCGAUAUCGGGGCCAAUUCCAUCCACGCCGGGCACCAGUGACAGUAGUCAGGGCCCAGUGCCGAUGUCUGGUAUGUCUCCAGGUGGCAGCAUCGAGGGAGGCGGAGAUGGAAAGUGGCUUUUCGAGCAGUCCACGGAGGAUUCAAUGCAAACAUUAAUCGUGGAAACGGAGGCCUACUGGUGUCGUACUUGUCAUAAGAAGAUUCCGAGAUCAAUCAGUCUCAAGGCACACAUGCUCGAGCAUUGUCGCUAUCCAUGUCGUUAUUGUGGGAAGCCAUUUCAGAAACGUUCGGAUCAGGAACGCCAUCAUCUUGUUCACUCCGGAGUCCGCCCGUUUUCUUGUCACAUCUGUGGGAAGGCAUUCAAACGAAAAUACGAAGUGAAGAAUCAUAAACUUAAAGAUCAUAUGGACGUUCUAUCAUUAUCUCCUCAGUAGAUCGCAGAUCGGUAGAUCGCAGUUUGGUAGAUCGCAAUUCGUAUCACCCACAUUGAAGUUUGUGUCUGCUAUUCUUUAACAAACUAGUUUUGUGAUAAAUCAUAAAGUUUUGAGACCAUCAAAGGAUGUUCUCUCGUUUUCUUCACAUUAGGUCGGCAGAUCUCGAUGUACAUCGAACACCUACCAUUCAUGAACAACUAUAAGACUACUUGAGGUGACCUUCAGGUUUCAAAACAGUAGAAGACUGUUCAUAUCAAAAACUAAACCAACCGUCAUGUAGAAUCAAUAGGGGUCGUCCCUUUUAAUACAAGCACGUGCAAUUACACUAUAAAAUGUCAACAGAAUUUCAUGAGGUUUCUGCCUGGAUGAAGUGAUUGUUUUGUCCGCUCUUGAACUGACUUCGGUGAACGUCUUCCAUUGCUCUGGUGACUUGGUCAAGGCAUGUAACAUUCUAACCAUUUCUCUGCGAUGAACUGGUAUGCAGUGAGUGCUAUGAACAUCCUUUGAUGCCGUGCCCGUCUAUAACGUCACGCUAUGAACAUCCUUUGAUGCCGUGCCCGUCUAUAACAUCACGCUAUGAACAUCCUUUGAUGCUGUGCCCGUCUAUAAUGUCACGCUAUGAACAUCCUUUGAUGCUGUGCCCGUCUAUAACGUCACGCUAUGAACAUCCUUUGAUGCUGUACCCGUCUAUAACGUCACGCUAUGAACAUCCUUUGAUGCCGUGCCCGUCUAUAACGUCACGCUAUGAACAUCCUUUGAUGCCGUGCCCGUCUAUAACGUCAUGCUAUGAAUAUCCUUUGAUGCCGUGCCCGUCUAUAACGUCACGCUAUGAACAUCCUUUGAUGCCGUGCCCGUCUAUAACGUCACGCUAUGAACAUCCUUUGAUGCCGUGCCCGUCUAUAAUGUCACGCUAUGAACAUCCUUUGAUGCUGUGCCCGUCUAUAACAUCACGCUAUGAACAUCCUUUGAUGCUGUGCCCGUCUAUAACGUCACGCUAUGAACAUCCUUUGAUGCUGUGCCCGUCUAUAACGUCACGCUAUGAACAUCCUUUGAUGCUGUGCCCGUCUAUAAUGUCACGCUAUGAACAUCCUUUGAUGCUGUGCCCGUCUAUAACGUCACGCUAUGAACAUCCUUUGAUGCUGUGCCCGUCUAUAAUGUCACGCUAUGAACAUCCUUUGAUGCCGUGCCCGUCUAUAACGUCACGCUAUGAACAUCCUUUGAUGCUGUGCCCGUCUAUAACGUCACGCAACGUAUUGUGCCAUGACAGCACCAGACCACAAAACCAGGCCAGCGUAGUUUAAUUGAGUAAUAAACUUCUUCAUGGCUAAUUUCACCUUUUACGACAAAAAUCUAACUUGUUGGAAUACAAAUCUGUCACGCUCUAAUUCUGCUAUCGUUUCAGUUGACAGUUUUUCUGUCGCAGUCGUCAUGGUCGUCAGACCCGCUUGAAAUACAGAUAGCAGACGUCCCAAAGGUUGAAAAAACAUGCGACAGGGAGCUCAAUAACAACA